CCGUCUUCCUUCUCCUAUUCCUCCUCCGGGCCGUGUCCUCACCCCACCCGCGCGCCAGAGGCCAUCCCAGCCAUCAUGGAGGUGGCUGAGUCGGAGAGUCGGCUGAAUCCCAGCUGUAAGAUCAUGACCUUCAGACCUUCCAUGGAGGAGUUCAGGGAGUUCAACAAAUACCUCGCAUACAUGGAGUCUAAGGGAGCCCACCGAGCGGGUCUUGCAAAGGUGAUUCCUCCUAAGGAGUGGAAGCCACGGCAGUGCUAUGAUGACAUUGAUAAUUUGCUCAUCCCAGCACCAAUUCAGCAGAUGGUCACAGGGCAGUCAGGACUGUUCACUCAAUAUAAUAUCCAGAAAAAAGCCAUGACAGUGAAGGAGUUCAGGCAGCUGGCCAACAGUGGCAAAUAUUGUACUCCAAGAUACUUGGAUUAUGAAGAUUUGGAGCGCAAGUACUGGAAGAACUUAACUUUUGUGGCACCUAUCUAUGGUGCAGACAUUAAUGGGAGCAUAUAUGAUGAGGGUGUGGAUGAAUGGAACAUAGCUCGCCUAAAUACUAUCUUGGAUGUGGUUGAGGAAGAGUGCGGUAUUUCUAUUGAGGGUGUAAAUACCCCGUACCUCUAUUUUGGCAUGUGGAAAACCACAUUCGCGUGGCACACCGAGGAUAUGGACCUCUACAGCAUUAAUUAUCUCCACUUUGGAGAGCCCAAGUCUUGGUAUGCAAUACCCCCGGAGCAUGGGAAACGACUUGAACGACUAGCUCAAGGUUUUUUCCCAAGCAGUUUUCAAGGGUGUGAUGCAUUUCUUCGCCACAAGAUGACGCUGAUAUCUCCCUCAGUGUUGAAGAAGUAUGGUAUUCCCUUUGAUAAGAUCACCCAGGAGGCUGGAGAAUUUAUGAUCACGUUCCCAUAUGGCUACCAUGCUGGUUUUAAUCAUGGUUUCAACUGUGCAGAAUCUACAAAUUUUGCUACUGUCAGAUGGAUUGACUAUGGGAAAGUUGCUAAAUUGUGCACCUGCAGGAAUGACAUGGUGAAAAUUUCAAUGGAUAUUUUUGUGAAGAAAUUUCAGCCAGACAGAUACCAGCUUUGGAAACAAGGAAAGGAUAUAUACACCAUUGAUCACACAAAGCCUACUCCGGAAACCACCCCUGAAGUAAAAGCAUGGCUGCAAAGGAGGAGGAAAAUAAGAGCAUCCAGGAGCUUCCAGUGCACUAGUUCUCACUCUAAGCGGCCUAAGAAUGAGGAGGAUGAGGAACUGUCAGCUGCAGUCGAUGGGGCACAGGGCCCUACCCCUGACCCAGACCCAGACGACCUCAAGGUCAGUGAACAGCCAGAAGCAGCAGUGAAGCUGGAGAACAUAGAAGUACCUUCAGAGGGAGUGGCCUCUGCUAGCAGGAUGCAGCUGGACCAGAAUCUAUCAGAUAAUAUCGGGCUCUCAGGAAACAGCUGCUUAAGUACACCUGUGAAGGAGGAAAUAAAAACUAAGGAUGACCAAGCCUAUGCCAUAAUUCCAUCUUCGAACACCAGAGAAACCGCUGAUUCUAUAUCUAUUGGCCAUUUGACCUCUGAGGAAUCAGAUCCACCCAAACAUCCAUGGCCAAAGUUACCAGAGUCGUGCUCCUCAGUGCCUGCAAGUAACAGAUUGUUGACAGAAGGAGAGGGCAGUGAUAUGGAAAGCCGUAGAAUAGAGGGAGAAACCAAAACAGCUAAAAGUUGGCGCCAUCCACUGAGCAAGCCUCCAGCAAGAUCCCCCAUGACUCUGGUGAAGCAGCAGGCAACUAGUGACGAAGAAUUACCUGAGGUUCCAUUAAUUGAGGAGGAAGUGGAAGAAACGGAGUCUUGGGCAAAGCCUCUGGUCCACCUUUGGCAGACAAAGGCUCCAAACUUUGUGGCUGAGCAGGAGUAUAAUGCAGCCAUGGGCAGAAUGGAGCCACACUGUGCCAUCUGUGCUCUCCUCAUGCCCUACUACAAGCCAGAUAGCAGCAAUGAAGAAAAUGAUUCUAGAUGGGAGACAAAAUUAGAUGACGUGGUUGCUUCGGGAGGAAAGACUAAGCCCCUCAUUCCAGAGAUGUGUUUUAUUUAUAGCGAAGAAAAUAUAGAAUAUUCGCCACCCAAUGCCUUCCUGGAAGAGGAUGGAACAAGCCUUCUAAUUUCCUGUGCAAAGUGCUGCGUACGGGUUCAUGCAAGUUGUUAUGGUAUCCCUUCUCAUGAAAUCUCUGAUGGAUGGUUAUGUGCCCGGUGCAAAAGAAAUGCAUGGACAGCAGAGUGCUGUCUCUGCAAUUUGAGAGGGGGUGCUCUUAAGGAAACUAAGGACAAUAAGUGGGCCCAUGUCAUGUGUGCCGUCGCAGUCCCAGAAGUUCGAUUCACUAAUGUCCCAGAAAGGACACAGAUAGAUGUAGGCAGAAUACCUUUACAGAGGUUAAAAUUGAAAUGCAUCUUCUGCAGACACCGGGUUAAGAAGGUCUCUGGAGCCUGCAUCCAGUGUUCCUACGGCCGCUGCCCGGCCUCCUUCCAUGUCACAUGUGCUCAUGCCGCGGGGGUGCUGAUGGAGCCUGAUGAUUGGCCAUACGUGGUGAACAUCACGUGCUUUCGACAUAAGGCCAACCCAAAUGUGAAGUUGAAGGCUGGCGAGAGGGGCAUCUCUGUGGGGCAGACCGUCAUCACGAAGCACCGGAACACCCGGUACUACAGCUGCAGAGUGAUCGCUGUGACAUCGCAGACCUUCUACGAGGUCAUGUUUGAUGAUGGCUCCUUCAGCAGAGACACGUUCCCUGAGGAUAUCGUGAGCCGAGACUGUGUGAAGCUGGGCCCUCCUGCGGAGGGAGAAGUCGUUGAAGUCAAGUGGCCCGAUGGCAAACUCUAUGGAGCGAAAUAUCUCGGAUUGAAUGUGGCCCACAUGUACCAGGUUGAAUUUGAAGAUGGAUCCCAGAUAGCAAUGAAGAGAGAGGACAUCUACACUCUAGAUGAAGAGUUACCCAAGAGAGUGAAAGCUCGUUUUUCCACAGCCUCUGACAUGCGAUUUGAAGACACAUUUUAUGGAGCAGACAUAAUCCAAGGGGAGAAAAAGAGACAAAGAGUGCUGAGCUCCAGGUUUAAAAACGAAUAUGUGGACGACCCCGUGUACCGCACGUUUCUGAGGAGCUCUUUCCAGAAGAAGUGCCAGAAGAGACAGUAGUCGCGUGUACUGCUGCAGCGCCAGAGCGGCGUGGGCAGGAAGAGGAAAGGCAGGGGCAGCCAUGGGCUGUGCCACCGUUCCACUGCGGUAGGUGGCGGGUGUGUCUGACGGUGGAAAACUAGGCUCCCAGAGCGUGGUAACCCAAACCGCAGAAUACACAUAUUGUUAAUUGGAUACGACAACCUGGAGCCAUCCCCUCGUCUUGCUUUCACAUGUGCACAAUUGUCUUUUAUGAUCCCAAAGGAUUUUUCUAAGUGAAAGGAAAUAAUAGUGAGUCACCCACCAAAAAAGCCCCUGCCAGAGGACAUGGGUCCCCAGGUGUGGCUUAGGCCCCUAGGCAGGAAACACAGGGAAACUGCCCUCCCCCGCCAGGUGGGAGCCUCCCACUGGGGGACGGGGAGGGUGGGGGUGUCAUUUCUAUAUUCUCCACAGUCAGGGAAGGAUUCUCACUUACUUGUUUUAAAUGGCAGUUUUUAUAAACUAUUUUUAAACCACAAAUGGCAUGGAUGGUGAUGAGAUUUACCCAUGUGCUACCUGUAUUUCCCUUGUACAGAACUUUUACAUUUUUUUAUAUCCCCAUUACUUUUGAUUGUGUCUGCUGAGAACUAAGUUGUUGGCAUUUGUGAAAUUUUUGGCUCUUGAGAAAGAAUUUUUAUGAAUUGUAUGGAAAUUUUAUGAAUUGUAUGGAAAUUUUAUAUAUUUAAAGAGGGAGACCUGGGGCUGUUAUUUUUAAACACUUUUUUUCAUAAUACAUAUUCUAAGUAGAUAUUUAUAAGAGGUUUCUUUCAUUAUGUGUUUGUAAAAUUAGAGUUUAAAUAAAUAUGCUUUGAUGCAUAGUUUUGAAUUAAUAUGAUUUUCCCUUUUUAAAACAGCCUGAAAAUGU